AUGCCAUCAACUCAAAGUUCUUACUUCCAAAGCUACCCCAAUGCCGAAGGAUAUUUCGGUCAGUUUGGCGGCAACCAUUAUCCACCCGAACUUCGGCCAGCACUAGAAGAACUGGCCAGCAGCUAUGAGGAGCUUCGUCAAACGCCAGAAUUCCAGCAAACUCUCAACAAAGUGCGAGGCGGGCUUCAAGGGCGACCAACCCCGAUACAUCACCUCGAAAAUAUUUCCAAUCAGGUCGCGGGCGCCCAGAUCUUCAUUAAGCGAGAAGAUCUCAACCACACGGGCGCACACAAAAUCAAUCACUGUGUUGGCUUCGCCCUUCUCGCCAAGAAAAUGGGCAAGAAUAAACUAAUUGCUGAGACUGGAGCUGGCCAACACGGCGUCGCGCUGGCAACUGCAGCUGCCUACUUUGGCCUUGAAUGCGAAGUCCACAUGGGGGAGAUGGAUAUCAGUAAGCAAAGUUCAAAUGUCGGUCGCAUGCAGCUGCUCGGCGCACGUGUGGUACCAGCAACUACCGGCCAGUCCGCGCUGAAGGAUGCCAGCGAUUCCGCAUUCAACGCGUAUGUUGAGCAACAUGAGCACGCGCUCUAUGCGAUCGGAUCGGCUAUCGGGCCACAUCCAUUCCCAAUGAUUGUUAGAGACUUCCAAGCUAUAGUUGGUCGUGAGGCCCGCGAGCAGUUUAUCUCCAUCACAAAUGGAAGCUUACCCGAGCAUGUUGUUGCCUGCGUCGCAGGCGGUUCCAAUGCGAUGGGUAUAUAUUCUGGCUUCAUUGAUGAUCCAGAUGUUGCUUUGCACGCAGUAGAGCCUCUUGGCAUAUCUGAUGAACUAGGCCAACACGCAGCGACGCUAUCAUAUGGAAGACCGGGAACCUUGCAUGGCGCUCGAUCACUUGUGCUACAGAAAGACGACGGUACGUCUGCUGAUGUCUCCUCUAUCGCAUCAGGACUCGCCUACCCCGGCGUUGGUCCAGAGAUUGCAAUGCUCCAUGAAACCGGUCGGGUUUGCAUCGCAGCGAUUUCCAACGAGGAAGCCAUUAGUGCAUUGUUCCGCAUGGCAAAGUUCGAGGGAAUCAUCCCCGCCUUGGAAAGUGCGCAUGCCUUAGCGUUUGCGAUCCGCUUGGCUUCACGGCGUCCUUCAUCUGAACGAAUACUGGUCAACCUUUCAGGGCGUGGCGACAAGGAUGUUGAGUUCGUACUUGAGAACUAUGGGACAGGCGCCUAA